AUGUCGCUGGAUGGAUCCGUCCACCCUGCUGUCGUGCACCCGGCAAGGCGGCAACGGAAGACUACUUCAUCAUGUUUCGAGGCAGGCCAUCAGGCACAAGUGCAGCAACAUGUUCUUUCUGAGCAGCUGGACCACCAGCCGCUGCAACGCUCGCCAAAGAGGCUAGAGCGGCAGCCAAUGGAGCGCCGGCUUCUGUGCAUGCGACGCUGUUACUCUUAUCCGGAGCUGCCAUUCGUGUACACGCAGGAGGAGCUGGAGAAUGCAACAAAGUUAAUAUGCCGGCAGCAGCAGCAGCGGCCUCCAUCGGCGCAGCAGUUACCAGAACGAAGCCCCUGGCAGCACCAGCAUAUGCUGCAGCAGCAACAGCAGCAGCCGCAGCCUGCUGAGUUUGGCUCGCUUAAUGCACAAGACGAAACGUGCCGCCUCGUGUACACACCCCCAGCCUUAUCGAACCCGUCACGAAAAGCAUGCGCCAGAUAUCGCUGUGAUACUCCUGCUCAUGAGCCUGCAGCUGUCCAUAUGUCUGGCGACCGCGCAGCUCCCUCUACUGUACCAGUGGCCGCAGCGCCCACCAAUGCAACUGUUUUCCCUGAGUUUACUGCUUUGCUUGUUUCUCGCGCACCUGAUGUCUCUGCCAAGCCUGCUACUUCCUCGCCAUCCCCCGCAUCUGCUGCUGCUGCCUUUGAAAAGGAGAACAAGCCCUCCCCCAAGCGCUAA